AUGCCUCUGCAUGACAGGAUCAUACCCUAUCUGGAGAGGGCUGGCUUGUACCACCUGGUGAGGCUCAACGCGAGGUGGUUCUGGUUGGACGAGUCCUUAGUCAGCGCUUUCAUUGAGAGGUGGCGUCCUGAGACGCAUACCUUUCAUAUGCCUUUUGGAGAGUGCACUAUCACGCUGCAGGAUGUAGCAUACCAGCUGGGGCUGCCCGUGGAUGGUUUACUUGUAUCCGGGUGCCUUACAGAUUUUGAGAAGCUUAUGGAAGAAGGCAAACCGGCGUGGGAGUGGGUGCUGUCGAAUGAUGCUACAGAAGACACCGUAUGCAAAUAUGCACGAGCUUAUAUUAUGAUGCUGCUUUCUAGGUGGGCCACCUACUUACCGACAUCCGACCGCAAGGAGAGAGUUAUCCAGUGUCGCCUUUUGUUGGACCGCUUAGGUGAUCGAGAUUUUGUUUGGGAGCCUUAUGCUUCGCUCGACGUGAUGGCCGUUGUUCAUCCAGAGAUUCCCAUAGAGGAGCACAGUCGGUUAUGGCGCGCAUGUACUUGCUUGAUAUACUUCGCCGUCAUUGAGUGGCACCAGGUGGAUAGGGUGCUGCCACAGCUGGGUGGCGUUCAGCACGAGUCUGAUCCGGCCUCGAAUAUAGAUUGGCUCCAUGCCAAGGAUGGGAGGGAUGGAGACAGAUGGCCGUCGGCAGAGUUUCUGAGAUGGUGGUACAGAGUGGCCCAUAGGUUUCUGUCGCCGGAUUCCUUAAUUGCCUAUCCUAGGCCGGAGAAGAUCAGUCAGGAUGUUGUUCAGAGAGGUUCGUCACAGGCGCCUUCUAGGUUUCUGAUGCCGGAUGUGCCUGAUAACAGGCGCGUGGAGAGGCGACGACGCCUUGGUACCCGGGCUAUAGACUGGAAAUGGCGAUGGCUGGAUGAGAUGAUUCAGGAUGACAUAGCUAGUGGUGACGGAGUAGGACAUGUCGAUCACCGUGUCCGGCGUGGCCGUCCUCAGCGUCGGGGUGGUGCAUCAGGGGUUGCAUCUGGUGGUCCUGGUGAUAGACCCACCGAGCAGGCAGGGACAGGGUCCCAGGAGGUUCCUUUUACACAUGUUUUGAGCUCCUAG